GUGCAAGUCCAAACUUUCUCCUCCCAUUACUUGAAAGUUUAUUUCUAGCUUCUUGUCAUCAGUAAUACCAAGCAACAGUAUCACACCUCUUUAAUCUGCCUCUUUUGUAUUUGUUUUAUUUUGUAACCUAGUACAAGUAAUCAGUAGUAAAAGCAGGAAUUGUUUCCCUUUUACAAUUGCCAGAAUUAGGCAGAACUCAUGUACGUUUCCUCCCUAACAUCCAGAUGCACUAACAAAACCUUUGAUAUUUGGUAUUUUAUCCCUGUAUCUUCCCCUAGAAGCUCAAAUCUGAAACGUGAUGCUACUGUAUGACCUACCCCACUACUAUAGGGAAAUUGAGGGAAGGGAAAUCCUAUCAGGAACCUUUGAGUCCAAUGAGGUACUAACCCCACUUUAAAUUCCUUCUCAUCCAACUGUAUCACAAGACAGAUAUAAAGAGUUCAGGGAAUCCUUUCACUGCUGCAAGCUACCCUGGGGAGCGGAAAGGGAGCGUGGAAGAAUUGCACUGCCUGUACUGCCAGAAGACAAAUGGGCAAAGGAUAAGUCUCCAUGUACAUUUGUUAAAGAACAUCAAAGUCACAAUAGUGGUGUAGACCCUUGGCCAAGAGGCCUUUCCACGGAGCAGUACUGUGAUAUCACUCAGCUGAAAAAAGGUGAUGUGCGUAUGAAUGGUGAGCUGCUUCGUAAACCACCAGACAGUUUGGCUAAACCACUGUGCCUGCCAUUUCCCACCUCUCAUCCCUACCAGACACACAUUUCUCAGUAGGCCAUCUUCCCAAACUUCAAAUCACCUGAGGAUCGAGACACUGGGAUUGAUGCAGGCAGUCAUCAGCCUUUCCAUCCCAAUAUCCCUACCAAGGCUUUUGAUGGGGUUGUUCUGAGGAAGACCAGAGGUAAUCCAUAUAGGCAUAAAGUUGUCAGUACUCCCUCUGACUCGCAGAAAGCAGCUGUGCACUGGCUGGGACAGCACAUGUACUUCCAAGUUUUUAAAGAGCUAGAACAAAACUGCUCUCCAAGAACAACCAAUACGCUACAAAACACUGAAAGGGCUCUGGGGAUCACAACAUACAGUCAGGACAGAGGCCCUGUGAAUCCCCUUAUCCUGAAUAACUAUUACAUGAAAGCAGUUGGCAGAUUAUUUGGAGAACUAGGUGAAGACAGGGAACUAGUAAAAACAUUUCUGCCUAGUCUCUCACAAGUAAGACCUCUUGAAGGGUGCACUGCAUGUUUACUUCAAGGUCAACCUCCCCAUGGAUCAAUUCUGCACGAACAGUACUCCUCCAGUGUUCAGACGCCUCUGCCUUUAACAUGCCACCAGAAAGUUCAUUAUCUGGAUACAAGGCCACCAAUAAACAAACUUCAGAAAAUCUCUGACACAUUGCAAACAGAAGCAUUGUACAGGGGGCAGCUUUCAGGAAGGCCUGAACUUGAGUCCCUUCCAAAAUCUGCAUGUUCCCUUUCCUGCAAAGACUUCAAGCCCAGACAUUUGGAUCAACAUACAACAUGGGAAAACCCAGUUAGUCUAAGUAAGCCAGGCUUACCACUGGAUGUAAUAAGUGAAGAAAGUAGAAUUUUAUUGCACAAGCUUUGGCAUCAAGAAGCAUGUCAGCCUGUGUGGAGACCAGAGGAUGGGCCAAGAGACACGGCACUGCCUGAAUGGAUCCCUAGCUCUGAGGUUCCUUGGCACCAGACAGCUCUGCUGGAGCUGCAGCAUUCCUUCUCUAAGACAGCAGCACAAAAAUGUUUUCAUGAUUCCAUAAGAGGAAAGACAAAAGACCUCAGAGAUAACAUUACUGAGGGAAACAGACACAAAUUCUAUGGUUCUGGUGCUUUUUAUUUCUUUAACUGA